AUGGCUGCUGGUGAUUUGACAGCAGGUUUCAUCUUAUUGUUACAGACUGUAUUUGGAAUGCUGGGAAAUUUCUCUCUUCUUUACCAUUAUCUUUUCCUUUAUUGCACUGGGAUCAGGCUGAAGAGCAUAGAUUUGCUUGUCAAGAACCUGAUUGUAGCCAACAUUUUAGUUCUUUUGUCUUGUGGAUUCCACAAUAUAGUGGCCAAUUUUCAGUGGCAUCAUCUCGACAGAGAUUUUGCUUGCAGAUUUUUCCCUUAUGUCCGUGUAGUGGGCAGGGGAGUGUCCAUUGGCACCACCUGCCUCUUGAGCGUCUUCCAGGUCAUCACGAUCAGUCCCAGGAACUCCAAAUGGGCAGGGCUUAAAGUGAAAGCUCUCAAGUAUGUUGUUCCUUCAAUUAUCCUGUGCUGGAUUGUGAACAUGCUGGUAAAUGUCAUUUAUCUUAUGUUUCUGAGUGGAGAUUUGAGCAACAAAAGCAUCACAAACAGAAAGCGUUUUGGACACUGUUCUUCUGUUCGUCAUGACCAAACCAGAGACUCAUUAUAUGCAGCAUUGCUGUCCUUCCCUGAUGUGUUCUGUUUUGUGGUCAUGAUCUGGGCCAGUGGUUCCACAGUUCUCAUCCUGUACAGGCACAAGCAGAGGGUCCAAAACAUUCACAGCAUCAAGAUCUCCUCCAUAUCUUCCCCUGAGUCCAGAGCCACCAAAACCAUCCUUCUUGUGGUGAGCACCUUUGUUAAUUUUAACACUCUUUCCACCAUCUGUAACAUUGUUUUGAGUCUUUUGAAUAAUCCUAGUUUGUUCUUUGUGAACAGCUCUGCCAUAGUCACUGCAUGCUUCCCAACUAUCAGCCCCUUUCUGAUCAUGAGUCGUGACUCCAGAAUAUCCAGGCUCUGUUUUGCUGAGAAAAGAAAUACAAACUCCCCUACCCUUAGGAGAAAGAUGUAA